AUGGUGCCACUGAUAUUGCUUAUCUUACUUUUUUCUAAAUUUUCAACAUUUCUGCGCCCUGUAAAUCACGUGCUCGUUACAAAAUACACUGCCAUAGUAAAUACAAAAUGGCAAACAACGCCCAGCAUCAUUGAUGUUACAUAUACUAUGCACGUUUUUUAUAUGACGAUAAUACUUAUUUUGGUCAGGAAGCAAAUGCAGUCCAUACAUGCGUUUCUGGGUAGUUUAUGCUUACCCUCCCACGUGCUAGAUUUUUCGAUUGUAAGAGAUAUUUUAUCAUGGUAUUUCCUUGAGACAGUCGCAGUAUGA